AUGAUAAAGUAUGGUGAAAGGUUUAUUAUACUCUGUCUUCACCUGUAUCUAGUUGUUGUGCAUGUGUUGAACUCUGUUUCAGCACAAGUCACGGUUCCAAGUUCUUGCGUAAGACGCUGUGGGAACAUCUCCAUACCGUUUCCUUUUGGUAUUGGAGACGGGUGCUUCCUCAAUGAUUGGUACGAGGUCCAGUGCAACAAGUCGGUCCCGUAUCUGCCCAAAAUCAACAAGGAAUUGGUGCAAAUCGAUCUACCGAGAGCAUUAGAGCACCGGGUUGAGUCAUUUCCUGUUGACUCGUAUCCUUUUGACUCGUUUCCUGUUGGAUCGCUCCGCAUCAAAACCAGCAUGACUUCUAUGGGGUGUUCUCGCGGCGACGAAGAGAAGUUGGAAGAGGUUUUGUUGAAUUUGACGGCUACUCCUUUUUCAGUCGGCAGCAAUAACCUACUGAUGGCUUUUGGGUGCAAUGCCACGGCUACGUUGACCCAUAUCGACCCUGGAAUUGUGGGUUGCGUCUCGACUUGCGAUCAAUGGAAAUACUACUGGCUCUUAGACGACGACACAGGCUGCUAUGGCUACCGGUGUUGCAAUGCAAGCACGCCUAGAGAGAUCGGUGAUGUAAUUGGUGUGAAAAUAGAGAGCGGCUAUGGUGGUAAUACGACGUGCGUAGUCGCCUUCUUAACAGACGAAUACGAGCAACCAUCACUGUGGAGCAACAGAACUGAUGCGAAAAAGCUUCACGCUACCAAGUAUGCUACAAUCCAGCUGACUUGGAAAAUUAUUACGACCAAUCUUUCGUUUCAAGAGUGCCGCACCCUAGAUUACCACUCUCAAUCUAGACCUUGCUUCUGCUAUCAAUGGUUUAACCCUAAUAACGAGUUCUACGAUAUAAGGUGUGCGUGCACCUCUGGCUACGAGGGUAACCCAUACGAUCAUGAUGGAUGCAAAGAUAUUGAUGAGUGUAAAAUCCACGAAGAUGGUCGUCCCAAGUAUUGUAUCAGCGGCAAGAUUACUACUUGUCAAAAUAUUCCCGGAAGCUAUCUAUGCGUAACCCAAAAGAACAAAACCUCCAUCAUUUAUAUAGGGGUUAGCGUAGGUUUAGGCGUGUUGCUUGUAGGUGUAGGCUUUGGGCUAUACAAAUUUAUCAAGAAGUAUAGAAAGACGAACCUCAGAAAAAAGUUCUUUAAGCGUAAUGGAGGUCUUUUGUUAGAGAAACAAUUAGCUUCAGGAGAAGAAAGCUCUGUAGAGAAAACAAAAAUAUUCAGCUCGAAAGAAUUAGAGAAAGCUACAGAGAGUUUCAGUCUGGAGAGGGUUCUUGGGGAAGGUGGCCAAGGAACGGUGUUCAAAGGGAUGCUCGCUGACGGUAGGAUCGUAGCGGUAAAGAAAUCCAAGGUUCUGGACGAAGAUCAAGUGGAGGAAUUUAUUAACGAGGUUGUGGUUUCCUCUAAAAUCAAGCACCGCAACAUCGUUGGGAUAUUAGGAUGCUGUCUAGAGACAGAGGUUCCAGUGUUGGUGUAUGAAUACAUUCCCAACGGCAAUCUUUUUGAACAUCUCCAUAAUGAGGACAUAAUUGUUCCUUGGGGAGUACGCUUGCAAAUUGCUAUAGAGAUUGCGGGAGCGAUUUCAUACCUGCAUUAUUCUGCAACAUCUCCGAUUUACCACAAAGAUAUCAAGUCCUCGAACAUACUCUUGGAUGACAAGUCUCGAGCAAAAUUAUCAGACUUUGGCACUUCAAGAGUGAUAGCUGUAGAUCACAGCCACCUCACAACGGUGGUUUCAGGUACGGUAGGAUACCUAGAUCCUGAGUACUUCCAGUCCAGCCAGUACACAGAGAAAAGUGAUGUUUAUAGUUACGGAGUUGUGCUAGCAGAACUUAUCACUGGAGAAAAAGCAAUCUCUACCCAACGGCCUCAAGGAAACAGGACUCUAGCUACUUACUUUCUUGUAGCAAUGGAAGAGAAGAGACUUGUCGACAUCAUUGAUCCACGAAUCAGAGAGGGCUGCGUGUUGGAACAAGUCACGGGAAUGGCCAAGAUUGCCAAGUUAUGCUUGAACUUAAAGGGAGAUAGACGACCAACCAUGAGGGAAGUUUCACUGGAAUUGGAGAGACUUUCCAAGGAGGAAGAAAUUGCACAAAUCUACACACGAAGAGAGUCGUUAAACAUAGAUAUUGCUUCAACAUCAACAUCUGGUUCUGCUACGUGGAGUGAUGCUCAACCGUUUUUUUCUCGUCAACCAUGA